AAAAGUAUAUAAAUUUGGGCAACAAUGUCCGAAAUUUAGAGAAAGUCUUUCGUGUACUAGUUCUGUCUUCUCUCUCUCUCCAAUUAUUAUUUUUUUCUUGAAGUUCACUGCUUUAAAUCACCCCUCCGCCCCCACCCUCACCUUCAACCGGCGCUUUCCUCCCUCUCUUCCAAGCUCUUCCCUCUCAUGGCGUAACUCUCUCUCUCUCACUCUCAUGAACUCUUGCUUUGUAAAGCUCUGCAGAUUGGUGGGAGUAACAUGGUGGAUUUUGGGGCUGUGGGUUUGGAGACCUUGGUGGGUCCAGACAAUGGAGUCUGUUCUUCUCAGGUUGUUCCAAACUCUGAUGCCAUAAAGCACAAUAGCAGUGGAUCUGGGUUUCUCAAAAAACAGAGAUCUGGGUCUGGAGAAGACAACUGGAGGAGCUCAAAAGUGCCCAGAACUGUCGAUUUCGAUGCCCCAAAGACAAUGUUGCAGCAACAGGGGACUCCUCUGCUUCUGAGAUCUAAUUCUCUGCUCUCUGGCGAUGGUGGGGGUCAAAAUCAGACCAUGUUGAGCUUCUCUUCACCCAGAUCAGAUGUUCCUUUUCUCAAUAAAAAUGGCGGAUUAGCUGAAAGGACCACUCAGAACCCAGCUUUUCCUUUCUAUCAACACACUCCUUAUGCUUACACUAGAAAUGCAGCAGGAUAUUAUUCAGGAGGCUUGAAUGCAGGCUUGCAUGCCCCUCUUCUGGAGGCUAGAGGGCCAUUUAGUCCAUCACAGUGGGUUGAGCUGGAACACCAGGCUCUGAUCUACAAAUACAUAAUGGCAAAUGUUCCUAUUCCAUCCAAUUUGCUCUUGGCCCUCGGAAAACCCCCACAUCCAUAUGGGUUAUCCGGGUUUUCUGCUGGAUCCUAUGUUCCCAACUCAUUGGGAUGGGGUUCUUUUCAUCUUGGUUUCUCCGGGAACACCGAUCCCGAGCCUGGGAGGUGUCGUAGGACGGAUGGAAAGAAAUGGCGUUGCUCGAGAGAUGCUGUUGCCGAACAGAAAUACUGUGAAAGGCACAUAAACAGGGGCCGCCACCGUUCAAGAAAGCCUGUGGAAGGCCGGUCUGGCCAAGCCGUUUCUGGAUCUACCACUACAAAGGUGGAGCCGAUUGCUUGUCCAACACCAGCAUCGGUUAUGUCCAGCAACGGUGCAACCAACAAUCUCGGAAUCACUCAGCGCCAGUUCAAAGGCUUGCAGCCUCCGGUUGCUGGGAAUCCUUCUGCAGAAGUGCUCCUUAACAGAAUGCAAGUUCCCCAGGGACCCUCUGUGGUACCUAUUGUCACCAAUCUGAAGUCUAAAGACUCCCCAUUCUCCAUUCCAAAGCAACAUAUCCCUAUCGAAGAAUCAUGUCACUCAGAGUUUGGACUCCUCUCUUCUGAUUUCCUACUCGAUCCUUCACAGAAGAGCUCAUGCAUGAAUUCCCAAAACUACACCUCUAUCCUUGAUUUCAAUGACCCUGAAUCCCAUGACCAACACCCACUUCGCCAUUUCAUUGAUGACUGGCCUAAGGACCAAUCUGAUCGCUCCACCAUUUCCUGGCCCGAAGAACUGAAAUCAGACUUGACCCAACUCUCAAUGUCAAUCCCAAUGGCCUCCUCUGAUUUCUCAUCAACCUCAUCCUCGUCCCCUCAAGAAAAACUCGCCCUCUCACCACUUAGGCUAUCUUGUGAGUUUGACCCAAUCCAAAUGGGCUUGGCGGUUAAUAAUGACUUCAGUGAAUCGACCCAAAAGCAAACGAAUUGGAUACCUGUAUCUUGGGGAAGUUCGAUGGGGGGUCCGUUAGGGGAGGUCUUGAACAGCACGCCUAGCACCGUUGGAGCUUUCAAUGACAAAUCUGCUUUGAACGUCACAACUCGGGUAUGGAAUGGAAGCCCUCAGUUCGGAUCUUCUCCAACGGGGGUCUUGCAAAAGGCGAGUUUUGUUUCGCUUUCGAAUAGCAGUUCAGCGAGCAGUCCAAGAGCCGACAAGAAGAUAAAGAAUGAAAAUGGUAGCCUUGGUGAUGAUAUGCCGGGUUCAACUUUCGCAAGUUCGUUCUCUAUUCCAUCCUUGCAAUGAAUGAGCAAGUUUAGAGAAAGUUGAUGGGAGAAGGUUGAAGGAGUUUGGGAUACUUCAAGUAAUCAAACCAUGAUUUCUUUGUCUUGGUUUUUCUUUAGCCUAGUUUGUAGAUGUUUUCGAAGUAGGACUUGGCCGAUUUGAAUUAAUGAAAUUCGGUCUUUUUUUCCUUUUUUUUUUUUUUUUUUCUCUCUAAAACUGUUUAUGUGGGUCUGAGAAUUUUCAUAGUCGAUGAAAUUACAGCUAUUUUUAUAAUUAUGUUUCAGUGUGAUCUUAUCCUUUUAAUAGAACUUGCUUUA